AUGCCUCCGAGGAAAGCCGACACCACUACCAGUGGAGGGAUGAAAAUGAAUGGAGAUACUCAGUUCCAAAUCUUCUACAUGAACCGCCUUCCCUCUCUUUCGACCAUCAUCGCCAGUAAGUUUGAGUCACCAGGAAUAUCUAAACGGGAUUUGGCAAGCAUACCAGUUCUUGAAUGGAAGAUCAUGACUGGUGCAGGAUCUCCAUUCCUCAACUAUAUUGAGGAGCGUCUUCCCCAAAUCGCGGACUCCUCGCCGAGUCACCAUAUCACAGACUGUACUUGCAUGUGCAUUGGUGAAUGGAUACUGCAGAAUGGUGGUGCUGGCUCGGCUUAUCCGGGUGCAUCCCAAGGUUCUCGUGAAGAUCUCUCCUCUGUCGAAGAUGAGAGCUCCCUCUCAUCCGUGUUAGAUGACUCCGCCGGUGGUGAAGCUGAAGACUCCUUAGAUGCGAGUCAACUGAGCCAUAAAAGGUCGAGUCGCGACCCUUGGAGUGUAGACGAGAUCAAUCAGCUCCGACGCGCUGUCACGCAGUUUGGUACAGAUUUCAAGAAAAUCUCCGCUUCCAGCGACUUUAAGUGA